CGGACUCUCUGCGUAGUGUUUGAGGGCGUCCGCCCGUUGUACCCACUGCCCAUGGCUGCCGACCUAGGGCCAUUCCCAGAGGGCGGCAAGAAGCUGCGCAAGGACGCCCGGCUGGAGGAUGUGUACAGCCUGGGCAGCAUCAUCGGCACUGGAGGCUUCUCAGAGGUGCAGGUGGCCACGGACCGGGCUAUUCGGCAUCAGUGCGCCUGCAAGUCAAUGCCGCUGCCGCCGGCAGACAGCGAGUCCAAGGCGGAGCGGCAGGCCAGGAUGGCGGCGCUGCGUGAAAUCAGCUCGAUGUUGGGCCUAGAGCAUCCCAACGUUGUGGGCCUGCGAGAGUACUUUGUCGAAAGCAACAGGGUGUACCUGAUCAUGGAGCUGCUGCGAGGCGGCGAGCUGCUGGACGCGGUGAACACGCACGGGCCGUUUAGCGAGGAGGAUGCGCGCACCAUAUUCCUGCAGCUCAUGCGUGGCGUCCAAUACCUGCACUCUGUGGGGGUGGUGCACCGCGACCUGAAGCUGGACAAUCUGCUGCUGGCAAAGAAGGGUGACAUCAGUUGUUUGAAGAUUGCAGACUUUGGGGUUGCCAUGAAAGGCUCCCCCGCAGUGCUCAACAGCAUGAGGACCGUGUGUGGCUCGCCGCAGUAUAUUGCGCCAGAGGUGAUCUGCGCCGGCAAGAAGCGCGACGCUGCCAGCACAGAUGCAGAUCUGGAUGGGUACGGCCCAGCCUGCGACCUGUGGAGCUGCGGCGUCAUCCUGUUCAUGCUGCUGGGCGGCUACCCGCCCUUCUGGCACGAGAGCAAACCGCAGCUACUGGAAGCUGUUGAGCGCGGCGAGUUUGAAUUUGCCGACCCUGUGUGGCAGGAGGUCAGCUGGCAGGCCAAGGACCUGGUCUCCAAGCUGCUGGUGGUGGACCCAGACAAGCGGCUGACCCCUGCGCAGGCA